CAUUGUACCUUGCUCCUUACCUUGUUCUACUUGCUGUACCGUCUUUGUCCAUAACCUCAGCUAUCCCUCCCACGCGAAGUACCACGUCUUUUCAACGCUAUGCCUCGGCGGAGGCCAACCUCGCAAACUGCGAAGAAGGCGUCCAUAAAGCUUAAGCGUGCAGUCAAACGAGGAGAUCUUCCCGCACCGGACAAACAGCCAUCCGUCAAUCGUACCCAACGCCGCGCCACUGUCACACCUGCAUCGGAUGCCAUUCAGUCUUCAAGAAAGCUGCAAUCGGCAUUCGUUAAGCUCCCCGAUCACUUCCUCGAGCAGACCAAGACGCUCGCAGCCCAGCUUCCGUUGACCCGCCCGAUCCUUGUCGAAUCCUGCGUCUUAUCAGUCCCCCCAUCAUCUGUUGGCCCGGAUACAUUGAGUUGUCCUCGGCGGCCGAAAUGGCGAUUUGAUAUGUCCAAGAAAGAAGUCGAGCGCAAUGAGGAAGGGCUUUUUCGCAAGUGGCUGGCGCAGACGGACGAUCUUGUGCAGCGAUGGCAAGAUUCGCAGAUCAAAGAACAACCUGUGGUCGAUACAGAGAUUCCAGAGAUCACCGAAGAACCUACUGAAAUGCCCCCAUCCACAACGUACUUUGAGAGGAAUUUAGAGGUCUGGCGGCAAUUGUACGUCAUUGUUCAAUAUCACUACUCCGUUUUAAUGUAUGAGGGAAGAUGGAGAGUGACCGAGAUUUCUCAAAUCAUACUCGUUCUCAUCGACUCGAGAGCUCCUUUGCUCCACUACCCUCCGUCCUUAGACACCUACCUCUCGAAUCGCCGAGUCAUCCUGGUCUUGACCAAGGUCGAUAUAUCGGGAUCUGAACGAGUGAACGGGUGGAUCCGAUACUUCAACGAACAGUAUCCUCGACUGCGUGUGGUACAGGUCCGAUCUUAUGCUGAGAAGGAGAUCUCUGCCAGGCAUCAAGGACGCAGACAACAUGAACCACACAUCCCGCAGAGCUUCCGCGCUCAGCUCGUCGAUGCCAUCAGACAGGAGCACAGCGCAAUGCUGGAUCCCCCAGAGACGGUUAAGGCAAAGCCAGAGCGUCUCGAGGCAUGGAAACCUUCUGUGAAGCGAGAAAUCGACUGGGACCGCGUCUUGUCUGCCGAAGGCGACCAGGUCGGCACUCAAGUUGGAGGCGCGGCUGCCCCUCGCGGUGAUACCGACGAAGAGGAGCCCCAUUUCCUUACUAUUGGCCUCAUCGGUCAGCCUAACGUUGGAAAAUCUUCGUUGUUGAACGCCCUCUUCGGUGCCCAUAAAGUACGAGCGUCGAAAACGCCUGGGAAGACGAAACACUUUCAAACGCUCUUCUGGACUCCCGACGUAAGACUCGUUGACUGUCCGGGACUCGUUAUGCCGAAUUUUGUAAGAAUGGAGACACAAGUCUUUUCCGGAAUUCUGCCCAUUUCUCGAGUAUCAGCUGUCCCUGCCUGCAUCUUCCAUGCGGCGGAAUUGAUUCCCCUGGAGCAAGCGUACAAACUUUCACCGCCUGAACAGCCGUCGGUGGUUGACAACCGGACCUGGAGAGAUGGGGAACGACCCAAUUCGGGUCAGAUCAAAGAAAAGCAGUGGACAGCCAUGGACAUUCUGACGUCCUACGCCAAUCUCAAAGGAUGGGUCACUGCCAAGGGCGGACGGCCGGAUGUGCAUCGAGCCGGAAAUGCCAUUCUGCGUGCGCUAGCCGAGGGGAGAGUGCCUUGGGCAUUCUGGCCUCCUGGUGCCAGCCAUCCUCAGAACGACGGAGGAUCGGGCAUUUGGAUCCCCUCUGGAUCUGAAGAGGAAGACAGUGAAGACGACGAAGAGAGUCAAGAGGAAGAAAGCGAGCGAGAAAGCGACGCUGGAACUGGGUCAGAAGGUGGGAUCCAGACUGAGCCAGAGGAGAGUACCGAGGAACAGUCGGAUGAAGACCAACCCCUUUCAAAACCCGGCGGUGGUCGAUUUGGUGCACUGCAGAUCACGGAAGAGGGAGAAGAGGAGUCUGGAGAAGAGGACUGAUCACACCCACAUACUUACCGAUCGAUAGCGUUAAUCUCGGGCUGACAAAUACUGAUGAGUAUGAUGCGAACGCUUGCUUUCUCAUUUCUGUCUUCCAUGCUUCGCAUCCUGCUGCCAAGCACCAUGUCACUGGACUGGACCACGGGAACAGAUUCGCGCGUCGCGCCUCCAACAUAAAAGCUCCAAGUUUCUGCGAUGGAGAAUUGCAAUUCUCCGACAGACAACUGACCUCGACGAUGCACGCCUUACAACUCAUCGCGUUCGCUACUUUGGCUUCCGCUGUGACCAUCCACCUCGCCGGUGACUCUACGAUGGCACUGGGAGGUGGUGGAGGCAGCACUCAAGGCUGGGGCGUGGAAUUUCCUCAAUACGUGACCUUGCCGGUCGUCAAUCAUGCUGUAGCUGGCACGAGUGCUCGGUCAUACACUGACAAGGGCCUUUUCACGACGCUCAUCUCACAAGUGAAGUCAGGAGACUACGUGGUCAGUUUUCCCGUGGUCAGAGGACGCCAGUGCGAUUCAAACCUGUUUUCGUUUAGAUCAUAGAAUUUGGUCACAACGACGCCACUGCGCAUCCCGACAAUGGGAAUCAAGAUGCUGUUGGAGACGGAUACAAUAUCACGGGGACGGUAACUACAGCGAAUGGAACCACACUUGUGGUCCACUCUUUUGCUUACUACAUUGAAAAUGCGAUCAACGCGAUCAAGGCAAAGGGAGCUACGCCAAUCACUUCCACGCAGACUCCGGACAAUAUUUGGACUGGGUCCAGCAUUGGUGCCGGAGGGCGUUUCGUGCAGUACUGCACCACCAUCGCCAAAGACACGAGCAUUGUCGAAGUGGACCACUACGCCUAUGUAGCCCAAGCGUAUAACAAGUUGGGACAGACGCAAGUCACCACAUUCUACCCGAUGGAUCACCUGCACACCAGUGCUGCUGGAGCGACCGUGGUAGCCCAGGCGUUUGUUCGGGGUCUGUUGUGCGGGAACAGUACUCUGAAAGGAUUCGUGAAUGCUGCCGGCAAGGCAGUUCCAAACGGCUGUAUAUAAAAAGAUGGAUAGCUUAAGACUUGGGAGGUAGAUCACAGGCGCGGUCAUGUGCUUCUGUUUCCGCCGCGGCCCGCAUCAACAUGCUUCUUGCAGUCAUCCCUUGUUGUCUGACGGACCGGCAAAACUCCCGUGUUUGAUCACUGUGCGCGUCGAGAAGUAAGCGCAGCUGGAGUAGAAGCAACAGCGACAAUAUAAGUAAGGAGAUCACAUCGAAAGUCAGCUCUACCACCAUGUUUUCCCAAAUCUUCACCGCUCUGGCCGUUUCUGUCGCGGUCCACGCGCAGACUUUAUAUUUGGCGGGUGAUUCGACUAUGGCUCCAGGAGGUGGGGGUGGUGUAACCGAUGGCUGGGGUCAAUACGCCGGCCAAUUCUUCUCCAUUCCGGUUGUCAACAGUGCUAUUGCCGGCCGCAGCGCUCGCAGUUACACAGCCGAGGGCCGUUUCAGUACCUUGCUGGGUAAGGUCAAAUCCGGCGACUUUGUUGUCAUCGAGUUCGGACACAACGACGGCUUGUCUGGUGCUACCGACAACGGGCGAGAAGAUGCGUUUGGAGACUCUCUGACCGCCACUGCUGUAGUCAACGAAUCCGAGUAAGCAUGUCUCCUGACAUGCUCUCACUGCCACAUCUCUGAUACCCGAGCGCACAGUGGCAGCACACAAGUGAUUCACACUUUCAACUUCUACAUGCAGAAUGCAACGAAGGCAUUCCAAGCGAAGGGCGUCACGGUGAUCAUCAGUUCCCAGACUCCUGAUGACAUCUGGAACUCUGCCAACACCGCGAUCGCGACUCCAGGCCCCAGGUUCGCUUGCCAUGCACCAUGAUGACGGAAGCGCCGUGAAACUUUGUUCAGAUUCGUUCAAUACGCUGUGGAGGUAGCCGGAAACACCUCCACCACUUUCGUCGAUCAUUUCAGCUAUGUCGCCCAAGCUUACAACAAGAUUGGUGAAUCCACUGUGGUCACAUACUACCCCAUGGAUCACACUCACACCACCCCGACGGGAGCAACCGUCGUUGCCGAGGCCUUUGUGCGAGGCUUGCUCUGUGGGAAAAGCACCCUCAAGAAAUUCUUGAACUCUGCAGGAAAUUCCGUACCCAACGGAUGUCUUUGAAGGCGAGCGGCCCCGGAAAAUAUCUGGAUCUUAUCUAGUUAUCGAUAGUAACUGUUAUCUAGCCGAAGGUGAUGGCGGGAUGCAUCGCCACACGUCAAUCAAAGCUCUGCUCCCUUGACUUGUGGCUCCUUGUAGUAAUGUUAUCCAGCUCCGGUAAAGGAGAUUCCAAGCAGGAUCAGAUGCAGGAACUUCCAGAAUUGUCCCACCAUGAACACAUCCUUGCCAAGAUAUUCGACACCCAGAACGCCCCAGAUGCGGGCGUUCUGCGUAUAUCCACCGCAGAAACUGCUCACGACUCCGUGUUUGAUCCUUUCGACGGCACGCUACUCGGGUCCAUCAUACCGCGGGAUGACGGCAUCCAACCUGAGGAGCCCGCUAAGCUGAAUGACAUGCACAUGAAGAACGAAGAGCUGUGGUCCCACCUGUCCCGCGUCUUGGAACUGCAGAACCGAAUCUCCCGCAUGCAUCUGGAGAUGGAGGACAUCGGCGCGCAUGCCAACGACCCCAAGAGCAAGGGGAAGACGAGGUCGCGGGCGGCUAGUAUCAUUCGCGUCGUCGUGGAUGAAGGCGAAGGAGACGAUGGCAUCGGCGGCAGAAGGGAUGAGGAAGCUGAAAUGAAGAAGGCGCGGGAGGACCAGUUUGCAAAGUUGGCGACUCAGUUCCGAGGCAAGAAACAAGCCAUUGAGGACAUUAUGGACAAGCUCGACUCACUCUCCCAGUCGGUCACGGAAUUCCAUGCCCUCCAGGCUCCCAAGAUCGAGUUCCCGUCUUCCCGCCAACAGUCGUACCAAACUUAUUCGACCGCUGGCCAAGCUUCAGCGGGAUUGCGCAGCCCAGACACUGCAGCGCCUUCCUCUGAUUUACGUCCGCCAGUAUUCCCGAGGCAUGCUGAAGACCCGCCUCACUAUGUUGAAAGUCCUUUAUCCGCGACUGCAGCUCUUCCACCUUGAAUAUGCUGGUCCCCGUAAUCAUAUACUUCUAGCUGUAUUCACGUUACGUUGCAUAAGUUUACCAUCAAUCUAAACUUUGCCCGCGACUGCGAUGUCAAGAGACCUUCGAAGGAAGCCUAGCAACGCGAGACGCUCUUUAGACACAUCCAGUCUCAACAGCGCGUCGACUGUGGCCACCCGCCGGCGUUCUCCAGCUGUCUCAGGCCCGUGGCCCAUGUCCACCACCUCCUCUGGGUCCACAGCCGUCAAUUCCACGCGUGUCUCAUCGCAAGCAAGGGCCCAGCGACUUGAGCCGCCUCUUCGAAGGCAUGGCACGCUUCUCAGCUCAGGUGCCACGCCGACACGGCGGGCGGCUGAGUUGAAGUCUCUGCUAGGAAACGCAAACUGCCGUCUACGGCCGGGCGCGUCUGUCCCUUCGCACCCGCGCGCGUCACAGCAACCGACACUCCUGGAACAAGCCAAAGUUCGAGCGAGAGUGGAAGUCGAUCUGCUCUUGAACAGCAGCGUUUUCGUCGAGGGCGGCGAUAUCACUGGCGUCAUCAAGCUCCGGGUCAGACCUCGCCUUGCAAAGGAACCGCUUGUUCUCAUCGGGGACGGGAAGCUACGGGUGCUCGGGUUCGAGACGGGCGAAGGGGACGACCAUCAUGAGUUUUAUCAGCAUUCGGUCGCGCUUUGCUCGGCUGCCCCCUCGAUGGCCAGGGUCUAUACGACACAGGCGGACUCGGAGGGGUUCCGCUCGGCGCAAGAAGGGGUUCAUCGGAUUGAGUUUACUAUGGGUCUCCCGCUAGCUCAGGCAACGGCACCGAAGGGUCCUUUUCGGGGAAACUCUGGUGCGUCGGUUCGAUACAUUGUUCUGAUAUCGCUCAAGGUGAAAGAUGAACAGGGACGGAGGAGCAUCGCCCAUUUCUAUCGAGACUGCGAAGUCUGGCCUCGGCUCAAUCCCUCAGUCGUCCUUGCGCCCAACCAGGAAGUAGUUCAAGAUUCUACGUCAAAGAAUGUCUUCAUGGGCGGGACUGGUGAAGUGCACCUGACAGCAAGUCUCCACCGCUCGACCUUUGUCGCUGGCACUCAAGUUCCCGUCAAUAUAUUGGUUGCGAACCGAACGAAGAAGCUUAUCAAGAGUCUGACCCUGACCUUGUAUCAAAGUACGACCGUCUUCAAGAGUCAGCUUCCCAUCAAUCAAGGAAUCGUCCAUCGCAAGCCUAUGUCUACAUCUACUUUGCAAAUGACGCAAGGUUUCCCUCGGGCACACGCAAGUUCUGGUGGCUGGUGGUCUGGAAUUCCGUCUGGAGAGCGAUCACGUCUCAAUCACUUUCUCUCUAUUCCGCCGAAUGCUGUUUCGCAUACACGGGAGCGACUGGUGCAAGUUAGCCAUUCUGUGCGUGUUACACUCAACUGCGGGACAUUGGGUUCGGAUGUGUCUGUGAACAUUCCCAUUCGCAUCAUCAACAUGAUCUCUCUUGAUCCCCCACCGUCAAGCUUCGCCAGUCUUCGCUCUACUUCCUCUGUCUCGGAUGCUCAAGCCGCGUAUGAAGACGAUUCGGAUGCUGUCAUGCACGAGAUGACCGGAGAUCUGACGAUGUGUGAUGAUGCCGAGGACUUUGUGCACCACGCUAUAGUCGCAGCUCAGUUGGACACUGUUUAUCCGGAAUCGAACUGUGACCUCGAUUCGCUAGCAGAGAGUUCCAUGGAGAACGAAUACCCGGAAGAGGCGGAAAACCUGGACCCGAACUAUUCUCACUCGCUGCGUCAUCGGGGCCCGUCGGCGUUUGCGACCCGCGUUCAAGAGAAGCUGCGAGAUCGACAACCUCUGUCUCCGAGAAUCUCGUCCACGCAAGUUUCUAUCGCCGAGGAAGAUUUCUCGGCGUCCAUUUCCGUCUCCCAGACGUACUGCUCAUCGAUUGGUGUCGAAGACUCGGUCAUCCCUGGAUACCAGGUCGCUACGUCUAGUUUUCUGGACCACCGGUACUAUCCGACUGCUGCUGCUGCUUCGACGGCUGUUGUCGGACUUCCGUACACGAAAGAAGAGGAUGAAACUCCCAGUGGGCUGGGCAUCGCUACUUUCAGGACAACGCUCGCUGCACCGCCGACGGCCGUCACGGUUUCGCCUUCCGUCGCAUCCCCACAACGGCCGCCCAUUGUCGUGGGAUUGUCGUCCGGGUCGGUCAAGGACAGAAUCCGAGAGCUGGAAGCACGAGUCCGGCAGGCAGAAGCGGAUUACUUGGCAUGUACAUGAUGAGUAUGAUUGAAGUACCGGAUAUCAGUAAUGUAUCGUAAAAAUGUGGCCAACAGGAUGUAUCUAUCCGCCCAGAAGCGCAAGUGCUGCACGAAGCUCCCGUCGAGCCUGCUCCGCGUCUUCGUAAUCGAGAGAACUGAUGGCAAAUCGACAAUGUUUCUGUGCCUUAGCCACCAACGUCGGCGUCAGCUCCAGUUGUAGUGGAGGAGGAGAGACGAUCGUGGGAGGAAGCACGAAAGACGGUGGCGGCGGGAUCACAGGGGCGGGCACGUGCGGCAGCGGCAGCGGUGGCGCUGAGGGACGUGGGUACUCCACUGGUGGGAUCGGAGGUUGGUGGAGCGACGACGGGCCCCCGAACGAAGCCGGGUCGUCGUACGGCGAAUAUGUGGCAUCUUCCGAAGGGGAGGACAUUCCGUCGACGGAAGGCGUGAAGUGGACAGUCUUCUUGUUCCCAGGCGGGGGAUCGAGCAGGUCGCCCGAGUACUCGCUCUCCGUCCUUGCGAAGACUUCUGGUGUCGCAACAUUCGUGCCAGGGGUGGCGACGGUGCUCCACUGACCGGGCGACACGGCUCCCCCGCGAUCGGGGCUGGGAUGGAGUCCGGUGGGGUCCACAAACGCAGGAUGCGUGUUCUGGGACGAGAAACGGCGGUUCGCGUUGGUGAUAUCGGCCGAUUCGAGUUUGGGUGAAGUGCGUUUGAUAGGGGCCGGCUCACUUAUUUGUGGCAGGGACGUCUCCUUCAGAGUGUCGAUGCUGUCUGGGCUGGAUCUACCGGCCGCAGCAGCGGUCGCCUGGAGCUCAGCCAGUUCCGCUUCGAUGCCCGAAUCGGCGGGACCGGGCGUGGGCUUGCGACCUUCCCGGAAUGCUUUUGCGAUAUCGGCAGCCUUCCAUUUCGCAUAUCGGAUUUUUUCUUGGCUCUAUUCGGACACUUCGGACUUGGGGAAUGUUUUGAGCACUUC